GGAACUUGGUCUUGUCCUUUGGCCCCCUAAAAAGUGGCCCAGAUAUUCUGAUGAUCCGUUUCCAUGUCCCAACACUUCUUGGCAAUGAUUUUAUCAUGACCCACCAUGCAAAGAAGGGAAGGAAACAGAGCUUGGGUCUCAGAAAAGAGAAAGGAAGGUGUGAGGCAGGUUUGGUGUAACUAGCAGGGAAAUUUCAACAGAGAAGCCCAGAUUGUACUGGCCAAAACAAAAAUGAGUAGGACUGGUGGCGAGGACAAGGGAGGAAGUGGCUAAAGUUGGGCAACUGGAGAAUUUCUUAUUCUUUUAGUCUAGUAUAAAAAGAGACCCAAAGCAGGAUACCUCCUACUUGAAGCCUGACUGCCCAUCAGAAAGAACUACUCUUUCAGUGGGUUGGACUUCUUCCACUGGAGGGAGAAUUGAAGGCUGGGAGACUUGGCUUCCAUCAUGUGGAACACCAACCUCAACACCAACUUCUCCUGCUACCAUGAGUCUGUGCUGGGCUAUCGUUACGUUGCAGUUAGCUGGGGGGUGGUGGUGGCUGUGACAGGCACCAUAGGCAAUGUGCUCACCCUGCUGGCCUUGGCCAUCCAGCCCAAGCUCCGUACCCGCUUCAACCUACUCAUUGCCAACCUCACAGUGGCCGAUCUGCUAUACUGCACCCUUCUCCAGCCCUUCUCUGUGGACACCUACCUCCACCUAUACUGGCGCACUGGUGCUACUUUCUGCAGGGUCUUUGGGCUCCUCCUCUUUGCAUCCAACUCUGUCUCCAUCCUCACCCUCUGUCUUAUCGCCCUGGGACGCUACCUCCUCAUUGCUCAUCCCAAGCUCUUUCCUCAAGUUUUCAGUGCCAGAGGAAUAGUGCUGGCACUGGUGGGUACAUGGGUGCUGGCUGUGGCCAGCUUCGCCCCUCUCUGGCCUAUCUAUAUCUUGGUGCCCAUAGUCUGCACCUGCAGCUUUGACCGAAUCCAAGGCCGGCCCUACACCACCAUCCUCAUGGGCAUCUACUUUGUGCUUGGGCUCAGCAGUGUCAGCAUCUUCUAUUGCCUAAUCCACCGCCAGGUGAAGCGAGCAGCACGGGCACUGGAUCAGUACAAGCUGCACCAAGCAAGCAUCCACUCCAACCACGUGGCUGGGACAAAUGAGUCCAUACCUGGUCAUUUCCAGGAGCUGGACAGCAGCAGGUUGGCAUCAGGAGAGACCAGCGAGGGGAUUUCAUCUGAGCCAGUCAGUACUGCUACCACGCAGACCCCGGAAAGGGACUCAUCAGAAGUGAGGGACCAGCACAGCAAUAAGGUAGCUAAGCAGAUGACAGAGAAACACCUUCCAGAAGCACCUGCCAGAACCAGGGCAACUAAAGCAGGCCAAAGCGCUCAGGAGUCUCCAUCAGAGUUUAGGAAGGUGACUCGGAUGUGUUUUGCUGUGUUCCUUUGCUUUGCUCUGAGCUACAUCCCCUUCUUGCUGCUCAAUAUACUGGAUGCCAAGGUCCAGGCUCCCCGGGUUGUCCACAUGCUUGCUGCCAACUUCACCUGGCUCAAUGGUUGCAUCAAUCCUGUGCUGUAUGCAGCCAUGAACCGCCAGUUCCGCCAAGCCUAUGGCUCCCUCCUAAAACGAGGACCCCAGAGUUUCCGUAGGCUCCACUAGAACUAUGUUCCCAGACACCAGAAUCCAGGACUGUCCCUUCCAGAACUAAAGUAACCAGCUGGUAUGGAAGUAGAUGAGAGAAAUACUUGUGGGUAUUUUCACAGACAACCUUCCUCCACCCUCAAACAAGACCUCUCUAUCCCUGAUCAAUGUUUCAGCCCUAGGCUGCCCAAGGUACAUUAUUAAUUAUUAAUAAAUGAAUUCUAUCCCUUUAA